AUGUCAGUAGACUGGAACAGUGUGAUUCAGGGUCCGAGUGUUAUUAACACGAUUGCUGCUACGUCUUUUUCUUGCCAUGAUAUUGCUGUAAAAACAUUGCUAGAGAAGUAUCCGAAAGUGUUCGACGCCUCGAUCGGAAGGAUUGCUAAUGUUCAAGCUAAUCUUCCACUGAAGAAAAACGUUCAGCCGGUAUUUCUAAAGGCACGGAAAAUACCCUUCAAUAUGUUGAAAACUGUUGAAGAUGAAUUAGAGAAACUUGUUGCAGAAGGUGUGCUCACGAAGGUGAAUUCCAGCAAUUGGGCGACGCCUAUUGUUCCUGUGAAGAAGUCGCAAAACCGGGUGAAAAUUUGUGGUGAUUACAAACAGACCGUGAACCCGAACAUUGUGGUGGAUAAGCAUCCAUUGCCUACUGUGAAUGAGUUGUUUGCUUCACUUGCGGGAGGCAAAAAGUUCUCCAAGAUUGAUCUGGUCCAAGCGUACCUGCAGCUUGAGGUGGCUCCGGAGGAUCGUGAAAUUCUCACGCUGUCUACGCAUCGUGGUCUUUAUCGUCCGAAUCGAUUGAUGUACGGUGUCGCGUCGGCUCCAGCCAUCUGGCAGCGACAAAUGGAAGCCAUACUGCAAGGAAUAGAAGGUGUUAGUGUUUUUCUGGACGACAUAAAAAUAACGGGAGAGAACGAUAAAGUUCACUUACGUCGACUGGAGGAAGUAUUACGGCGACUGAAUGAAUGCGGAAUACGAGUCAACAAAGACAAAUGUAAGUUCUUCGUCGACGAGAUUGAGUACUGUGGAUAUUCGAUUGAUAAAGACGGUAUCCACAAGAUCCGGAAGAAGGUGAAGGCAAUUCAGGAGAUGCCUAGACCAAAGAACAGAGAUGAAGUUCGGUCGUUUGUCGGAUUCGUAAACUAUUACGGACGGUUUUUCCAAAACCUGAGUAUGGUCCUGUACCCAUUGAACAACUUACUUAAAAAUGACGUGCCGUUCAGAUGGACCCAACAAUGCGAAGACUCUUUCAGGAAAGUGAAAGAACAAAUGCAAUCCGACAAUUGCCUUGUCCAUUACUCACCAGAAUUGCCACUGCUGCUGGCUACGGACGCUUCGCCCUAUGGGGUAGGGGCUGUGCUCAGUCACGUGUAUCCCGACGGCUGGGAACGACCAAUCCAGUUCGCAUCCCAAACUCUCAAUCGUGUGCAGCAGAAUUACAUGCAAGUGGACAAGGAGGCGUACGCCGUCAUAUUUGGCGUGAAGAAGUUCUUUCAGUACAUAUACGGCCGGAAGUUCGUUUUGCUUACCGACAAUCAAGCUAUUUCGAAGAUAUUCGGGGAACACAAAGGGUUGCCGGUUAUGUCUGCCCUGAGAAUGCAGCAUUACGGUACCUACUUGCAGAGUUUCGAUUAUGAAAUCAGAUUCCGUAAGUCUGUCAAUCAUGCGAAUGCCGACGUCAUGUCGAGAAUUCCGUUGGAGAUAACCGACCCCGAGAACGAGAUUGAAGAAUCCGAUGCGGUGGAGUUGAGUCAAAUCGACACCUUGCCUUUGACAGCCGCCGAAUUAGGCCAAGCAACUGAUGGGGAUCAAUCCGUACAAAAGCUUAUCCAAGGAAUCAAACAUGUUCAGUUGGUGGAAGUAAAGGAUCGCUUUGGACUAGAACAGAACGAGUUUUCACUGCAAAAGGGGUGCUUACUUCGAGGAAUUCGAGUAUACGUGCCUGCCACCCUUCGAAAACGUGUUCUUGAUGAGUUGCAUUCUACCCACUUUGGUGCAACCCGCACGAAGUCGCUGGCAAGGGGAUAUUGCUGGUGGCCGAGAUUGGAUCGGGAUAUUGAGGAAAUAGUAGCGAACUGCACCGACUGCCAGUCGGUACGCGCAGAUCCUGCGAAAAUGAACCUUCAUUGCUGGGAACCACCGAGUAAAUCAUUUCAAAGAGUCCACAUCGACUUUGCGGGUCCAUUCAUGGACACUUAUUUCUUCGUCUACGUGGACGCGUUCAGUAAAUGGCCGGAGGUCCAGAUAUGUAGGUCAAUUACUGCUGAACACACCAUUAAUAUGUGUCGCGAAAUUUUUAGUAAAUUUGGCAUCCCGUCCGUCCUGGUAAGCGACCAUGGCGUCCAAUUUACUUCGGAAAUUUUUCAACAAUUUCUGAAGAUGAAUGGCAUAGUGCACAAAAUGGGUUUGCCGUAUCAUCCGGCAACGAAUGGUCAAGCUGAGCGAUACGUUCAGACCAUCAAGCAGAAGUUGAAGGCAUUGAAGUGCUCAAAGUCUCAGCUAAAUCUGGAGCUAUGCAACAUCUUACUCACUUAUCGCAAAAUGAUUCACCCAUCAACGGGAACAUCACCAUCAAUGCUUGUAUUCGGACGACAGAUCCGUUCGAGACUCGACCUUUUGCUGCCGAAGAAUGAAACUUCAACCAAGGCUGAUAUUGUUGUACGUCAGUUCUUGGAUGGUGACCGAGUUCGCGUACGAGAUUUCUUAUCCAAAAAUAAGUGGAAGUUUGGCAGGAUUGCCGAAAAAAUUGGGAAGCUACGAUAUACUGUUCGAUUGGAUGAUGGGCGAAUCUGGGAACGUCACAUUGACCACAUAGUUGGUGUGGGCGCUAAUCUACAGGAGGUAUCGGUGGACGCUCCUAGGGAGGAGUUCAUUGAAUACCACGAGCCAACUGUUUCUGCUGCGGUUGCUCCUGCGCCUCCGGACCCGGUGGAUGAGGCUACUGGUACAACACCGGUGGUUUCCUGCGGUAAUACUACAACUUCGACACCGGUCCCUGCAGCGGAGCAUUAUUCAGCUGGCGAAGUUGAUCAGCCUACGGCGUGGGAAUCUACACCACAUCUGCGACGAUCCAGUCGUACAGUAAAGGUUCCUUAG